CGCAGCCGGGCGUGCCGGCGGAUGCCUGGGAAGUGAUAGGCCGCCACCGCCGCCAAAGGAGCAGCCAUGCUCACGAUAACGGACCGGACGAGCAACGCGAAGGCGGUGAUCUUCAUCCUGGCCGUCGCAGCCAGCUUAGCUAUCCUCAUUAUAGUCGGCGUCGAGCUCAACGGGACGGUGAAGAAGCCGGCAGCCCAGCUGACCGGCGCCGGCAGCGCCGCCACCUCCGACUCCAAACUGGGCCAGUACCGGUCGGCAGCGGUGUGCGCCGACGCCGGCGUCUGCGCCUCCAUCGGCAGGACGAUGCUGCAGCGGGGCGGCAACGCAGUGGACGCGGCGCUGGCCACGCUGCUCUGCGACGGCGUGGCCAACCCGCACAGCAUGGGCAUCGGCGGCGGCUUCGUCAUGACGCUGUACAACCACAGCACGGGUCUGACGGAGACGCUGGUGGCGCGGGAGCGCGCACCGGCCGCCGCCGCCGCCGACAUGUUCUCCGAGAAGGCAGAGGCGCAGACAGGCGGCAUGUCGGUGGCCGUGCCGGGCGAGAUCCCCGGGUACUGGGCGGUGCACCAGCGGUACGGCCGGCUGCCGUGGCGCGCCCUCUUCCAGCCGGCCAUCAGCCUGUGUCGCUACGGCGUGCCCGUGUCGCACACGUUGCAGAAGGCGCUGCAGAACAGCCGCAUCCAGACCUUGCUGCACAACGACAGCUUCCACCUGGGUGACAUCUUUCUGAAGGACGGUAACGACACCAUGGAGUUGGGGGACGUGGUGCGGAAGCCAACGCUAGCAGCCACGCUGGAAAAGAUCGCAGAGGGCGGGCUGCAGGCGUACCAAGACCUGGGCCAGAAGCUUGCCGAGGACAUUCAGGAGAUUGGUGGCGUUGUUACACAUGACGAUAUUAAAAACUACAUGCCGACGUGGGCGGCACCGGUGCGGGUGCGGCUGCCGGUCAGCGGCCUGACGCUGUACUCGGUGCCGCCGCCGGCCAGCGGCGCCGUCCUCGCCGUCAUCCUCGGCGUGCUGGACGGCCUCAACCUCAGCCCGGCCAGUCUCGCCGACGACGCGGCGCAGGCCCGCACCCUCCACACCAUCGUCGAGACGUUCAAGUUCGCCUACGCUCAGCGCAGCCGGCUGGGAGAUGCUGACUUUGUCGACGUCGAUGAGCUGGUGCGGAACAUGACGUCGGACGAGUUUCUGGCGUCGGUGCGUCGCCGCAUACGGCCAGACGGCGUGCUGGGCAGUCCGGAGGAGUACGGCGCCGACUUCGCCGCCGCCAACGACAGCGGCACAGCACACAUCUCCGUGGUCGACGCCGACGGCAGCGCCGUCUCCGUCACCAGCACCGUCAACCUUUAUCUCGGGAGCGGAUUCCGGUCUCCACAGACGGGAAUAAUCCUGAACAACGAAAUGGACGACUUCAGCUCAAAUUUUACAAACUACUUUGGUCUACCGCCAUCGGAGAACAAUCGUAUUGAGCCAGGCAAACGGCCGCAGUCGUCCAUGGCUCCCGCCAUCCUGGUGGACGACGACGGCGGGGUGAGGAUGGUUAUCGGCGCCUCAGGAGGAACCAAGAUCACGUCGGUCACGGGCUACGUCGCUGCACGAAACCUUUGGAUGGGUGAAGACAUCAAGGAAGCUGUUGACGCAAUGAGAGUGCACCAUCAGCUUUUGCCAGAUGUUCUGAAAAUAGAGAAGGGGAUGCCUGAGGUGCUGGCGGAACAGCUGCGGCUUCUGGGUCACCCGGUGGAGGAGGCCAACCACCUGGCACGGGUCUGCGGUAUCGCGCGAACUGCGGGAGGGCGUCUGGAAGCCAACGCCGAUUACAGGAAGGGUGGGGACGUGGCAGGCUUCUGAUGGCGGUCAACUCACCGCGUCCACGCUGUGCCAUAUUUUAUAGCCUCGCUUGUUAUUUUACAUGAUGACAUAUCCGUUCAUAGACCGAACUUUUACAUAGCGACGAUUGGAUGGUGCCACUGAGCUAUCAUUGGUGUUACAAACUGAUAUCACUGAACGUUUGUAUAAUGGAUAAAUAGCGUGCGCCUGCGCGUAAUUCAGGUUUUAUUCAUUGUUUCGCGGACUGCUUGCCAGCGCCAAUGCCAUAACUCAAAGAGACAGUGUUCUUUUGCCCUGACAGAGACCAUGAGAUUCGAUUACAAAAACAUGGGAGCAAUGGGUUACUCUAUCGUUAAUUCCACAUGUCAUGCGUAGCGUGCGAUUGGAUCGGCCAUGACUGUAAUGAGCAUCCCCGAGGCUGCUGCUCUUACAUUGAAUUUUAUUGCUGAGAUGUGGAUUUAAUAGAGUGAUGCCCAAGGUGACAACGUAAUUGCCUUGCUUCACCCCGCUGGAAGUGAACGUCAUCAGAAUCACGCUGGUAACCCCAGUAUGGUUCGAUUUCAGCUCGUGGCUUAAAUUUUUAGCCAUUUGCUUUGACACUUAAAUGUAUACAUUCAACCAUUCAUGGAAGAAAGUCUGGGGAUGCACUUACGUAUGGUCGAUUUUUCCAUCCAUGCAGCACCACAAAGGCAUAAUGUAAUGUUUGCUAACGUUUUAUGAAGCAUGAUCUCCUUGCCAUGCGGUUUGCCCUUUGUUUAACGCAAUAAGCUUGACUUUUUAAAAUGAAAUGGAAAGUUAGGAAAUAGGAUAGCAGGAUAGAAGCCACACUGACCAAAAUAAAAGGCUUCCUUCGACGAGAUGCUACCGACAUCUUGAAAGGGCUCUGGUGUUAUGACUUGGCGCUGGCCUGUUACAUGAUCGAAACAACGGUCGUUGGGUGCAGGGCUGCGUCAUAAAUCUGACGACGCAUAGCGUUACGUGGUGAUGCGUGUCCGCUCUUAGUUUGAUUGUGUGUACGAUCAUUGUUUGAACAAUAUCUCAUUUGUCAUAGUUCUGUAGUGAAACAAUAAAUAGCCUUUCUUAAAAUAUAGCGGUGCAAUUUCGAAUAAAAACUUCGAAGCAUCUAUGAGACUGAUUUAUGGAUUAUACAAACCACGGAUUUGCUAUUCUGUAUGUGAUACUGCACCCGGGCGAAAGAGUUGCAUGCAAUAUAGGGCAGAAUUGAAUGGCAUUCCAAACCUGACCAGAAU